UGGGUGAAGAGCCCCGCGGUGGAGUUUGUGCCCUGCUUGCGCCGCCUAGCUAGAGAUGUUUUGAAAAGAUCUGUCUCUCAUAAUGGACAUCAGAGGGGAAUUCUUCACCAUUAUACAACACACAGGAACAGAAGUGAUGUUCUUUAAUGUUCAGUAGAAUCAUACUCAGGUUUUAUAUUUCUUGUGCCUGCAGUCGUGUGUUGUAUUUUAUGCCAGGUCAUUAAACUCUUAUCUGUGCUCUGAGACUCUUUUUCGCUCACUAGCCUCCGCAGUUAGCUAUGGCAGGCCAGUUUAACAUAUGUUUCUGUACUUAAAACUAAUCAGCAAUUUUUUUUUUUUUUUUUUUUUUUUUGACAAUUACUUGUUUUACAGUCACUUAUUUUUCCUUAAUACUAAUUAACAAAUUUUCAAUGUUCACUAGUUACUAUACAUCUAUUACUAGUUUAGUGACUAUAGAUUAUUCACUUGUAAAUAUUAUUACUAGACACUUGUAAAUAUUUAUUACAUAUCUGUGUUCACAUAUCAGCUUAGUUCUGACUAGUAUAUUUUCUGUUUCUUAUUUGGACAUAAUAAUUAGAAUAAGAACAAACGAUUCAAAUAUUUUUUGAUAGAUGUAUAUUUGUCCUCAUUUAUAAGUAAUUGAAUAAAUACAAUAAAAAAAUUUAUUAUUGGUCUAAUGUGUAGUCAGAACGGCAACUUCAUGGUUUAAAUAAAAAUUAUACUGAUAUAAUUUUAAAUGUUUAAAAAGAAAUUUAUGUAAAACUAGUAUUGCUAAUAAGAAAAGUGCAAUAGAUGUAUUAACUUUUAAUCAUAACUUAUUAGUGAAUACUGCUAGGCUACUAAUGACAUGCUACUACUUAAACUAAAGCAACAACUAAUAAACAUUAAUUAGUAUUAGUUUAUAUGCAAAUCACAGAUCACUAAUGCCAAACAUUCAUAGUAUGUAAUGAAAAAGUACUACGCGUUAACUGAGUAGAUAUUGCAGGGCUCCUUGGUUUUCUGUAUUUAUUUAAAAAAAAAUUGGGCUAUUAGCCUACAAUAGAGUAGAUACGUGAAUGAAUGUUAAAACGGCUUGCCAUACUCAGCCUGCAUUCAAACAAGGUGGCACUAUAGCUGAACAUCCAGUGUACCGACCGCGCAUGCCUCUUCCUUGCACUGACCGGACGCGACGGUGCCUAUUUUUUUCCUCCCCUCCAUCAUCAUCAUCAUCAUCCCUCUCUCUUUCUCAGGAGAUGAUGCUCGGCUCAGGCACACCUGCUUUUCACCUCUCGUCUCAGGCUUAAGUGUUGUUCCUCCCGGUUUUCCGCCAACCUUCUCUGCGGUAUUCAGACAGCGCUGCCUCAACCAGAGAAGCACUGCCUCAAACAGAGCUGUCUGUGUCGGCGGUCGAUCCUCCUCUUUAUUUUCCUCUUCCUCCUCCCUGCUCUCGGUGAGGGCUGCCGGGGAUGGAAGCCCGCGCUGGUCGCCUCUUCAUGGACUCGCUCUUGACGGCUAUUCUCAUUCGCGUUGUAUCUCAGAGGUGCUGACUGGAAAAACAUGCCUUUGAAAUGGAAAAGCGGUUCGCCCGUCAGCUGGAAAUUUCCCGUGCCCGUCCUUAAAACGUCCAGGUCCUCUCCACUCUCGCCAGCAUACAUCCACCAGCACUCGUUUGUGGUGUGGACCACCCACUCUCUGCUUGCUGCAUCUCCAACCUAUCACCUGACAGGAUCACUGGUGGAAGAUGAUGAUGCUCAGAUGAUGAAGGUGUCGCUGGGAUGCAGUGAAAUGGGGCUUUCCUCCCACUUGCAGGCCUCGAAAACAGGAAACACACGAUUUUUUACCAGCAACACACACAGCUCUGUGGUUUUACAGGGUUUUGACCAGUUGCGGAUAGAGGGCCUGCUGUGUGAUGUCACAUUGGUGGCGGGAGAUGGGGAUGAGGCGUUUCCUGUUCACCGAGCCAUGAUGGCCUCCUCCAGUGACUACUUUAAAGCCAUGUUUACAGGUGGAAUGAAAGAGCAGGAUUUGAUGUGUAUAAAGCUGCAUGGCGUGAAUCGAAUAGGGCUAAAGAAGAUUAUAGACUUCAUUUACACCGCCAAACUCUCUCUCAACAUGGAGAACCUACAGGACACCCUAGAGGCUGCUAGCUUUCUCCAGAUCCUGCCUGUCCUUGACUUCUGCAAAGUCUUUCUCAUUUCUGGGGUGUCGCUGGAUAACUGCGUGGAAGUGGGGCGCAUCGCCAACACCUACAACCUCACUGAGGUGGACAAAUACGUCAACAACUUUAUCCUGAAGAAUUUCCCCUCACUACUCGGCACCGGCGAGUUUGUCAAGCUUCCAUUUGAACGCCUAGCGUUUGUGCUUUCCUCCAACAGUCUAAAACACUGCAGCGAGCUGGACCUGUUCAAAUCUGCGUGCCGCUGGUUACGCUACGAAGAAGGCCGCAUGGAAUACGCUGCCAAGCUAAUGCGCAAUAUUCGAUUCCCCCUCAUGAGUCCAACAGAACUCAUAAACCACGUACAGACUGUCGAUUUCAUGCGUACGGACAAUACCUGUGUUAAUCUUUUAUUAGAAGCCAGCAACUACCAGAUGAUGCCAUACAUGCAGCCGGUGAUGCAGUCGGAGCGAACUGUGAUCCGUUCGGACAAUACCCAUUUAGUGACACUUGGGGGUGUGCUACGGCAGCAGCUGGUUGUAAGUAAAGAGUUGCGACUUUUUGACGAGAAAGCACACGAAUGGAAGGCACUGGCACCCAUGGACGCCCCGCGCUACCAGCACGGGAUCGCAGUGAUCGGGAACUUUUUGUAUGUGGUCGGGGGACAGAGUAACUAUGACACGAAAGGUAAAACAGCUGUGGAUACCGUUUUUCGAUACGACCCGAGAUAUAACAAGUGGAUUCAGGUGGCGUGUCUGAAUGAGAAGAGGACCUUCUUUCAUCUGAGCGCUCUCAAAGGACAUCUAUAUGCUGUGGGCGGGAGAAACGCUGCAGGAGAGCUGGCAACUGUGGAGUGUUAUAACCCCAGGACAAACGAAUGGACAUAUGUGGCCAAAAUGAACGAGCCGCAUUAUGGACACGCAGGCACUGUUUACGGAGGAUACAUGUACAUUUCAGGUGGAAUAACCCACGACACCUUCCAGAAGGAGCUCAUGUGCUUCGACCCGGAUGCUGAUAAGUGGACUCAGAAGGCUCCGAUGACGACGGUCCGUGGCCUGCACUGCAUGUGCACAGUGGGCGACCGCCUCUACGUCAUUGGUGGAAACCACUUCCGGGGCACAAGCGACUACGACGACGUCCUGAGCUGCGAGUACUACAGUCCCGCUUUGGACCUGUGGACGCCGAUCGCCGCCAUGCUCCGCGGACAGAGCGACGUAGGCGUGGCCGUGUUCGAGAACAAGAUCUACGUGGUGGGCGGCUACUCGUGGAACAACCGCUGCAUGGUGGAGAUCGUCCAGAAAUACGACCCCGAGAAGGACGAAUGGCACAAAGUGUUCGAUUUGCCCGAGUCCCUGGGUGGCAUCAGAGCUUGCACCCUCACCGUGUUUCCGCCCGAGGACCUCUCGCUCGCCGGUUCGCCGAGCCGCGAGUCUCCUCUGUCGGCUCCUUGAGAAUGGACGGAGGGAGAGUGAGAGAGACAGGAAUAAACUGGACGGAUCGGUUGGCAGACAUACACAGAUGGAUGAGUAGAUGCAGAUGCAGUCUCUCUCUUUCUCCCUCUCCCUCUCUUUGUCCCCACAGGAAAAAGACAAUGUUUGCACUCCCCACCGAUAUACGUUUCAGUGGUGUCUGUGGUGAAACCCCGUCCCUUCCCUCAAACGAUUCCACUUCUCUUCCUCAUCCCUCUGCAAAUGCUGAAAAGUCCCCCUCUCGAUGAGAAAGAAAAAUGGAAGCACUCCCAGGGUUAGGUGUAACUACGUGUUAACAUUGCAUUUGGGGGGGGUUUGUUUCGUCUCUUUGGCAGGAAUAACCUAGACUUGAACAACAAGUGACUUUGCAAUUCAACUUUUCUACCUGAGUCUCCAGAGUUUUGCUAUGAAGACUAUGAAGUUUCCCUGAUCCCACCUAUUCUGAGGUCGCCUACCCCCUCACUUCUCACUCUCUCUUUCUAUCAUGCCUGCUCAUUUUUCCUGUUUCUGUCCGCUCUCACCCCUGACCCAGUUUUUUUUUUUAACCCUCAUUCUCUUGUCUCUCUCAGGGGGUUAGUUGACCUUUGACCACAGGAUGAGGAAACGGUUUUAAACUCAGGGGUUGGCCUGCCCCCAUCCCUCCCUGCCUAACUGAUAUUUCAUUUCUCUACUCCUGCUGUUGUUAUGAACCAUUAACAGAAUUGUGUUUUCUAAAUUUAAUAAACCAGAUUUUGAGAAAAAAAAA